CUGUCUUGCUCAGUCUCAAUUUUUGUCGUUGAAAUUCUAAUCAUCUGUGCCUUUCAGAAAUUCACUAUCCGAUCCUCGUCUCACUUUCUCUCACAAUGUCGACCUUUUCGGAUCACGAUGCCAUCACCCCGAUGGACGUAGACGACCAUCCCGUCCCGCCCGAUGCCCCAUCCGAACCUACAAGAGAUGAGACCAGAAUCGAGAGCCUGACCGGCAAACAAAAGCACAAUCUGCUUCGUAAGAAUGCCUGGGAGCAGGACGUCAAGUCCCGCCGAGCCAACAAAUACGGUAAUGGGCGCGUCAACUUGCCGGCCGCUCAACUUCCAUCCAGCGUUCAGCCAGAAGUACGCCAAUCCCUGAAGGCCACCAAGGCGAUGGUCCUUUUGACCAGCACGGUUAAGGAGUUCUUCCCGGCCCAGAACCUCGCCGAGGCUCUCGUACUUCAGGGCAGCCACGGUCUCGAUGGCCCCCGUAUCCAAGCCUUCGUCAGCCGGCUCUUCAGAUCAGCCAAGACCUGCCGCUCAUCCUACCCCCAGACGGAUGAUAACGACGAGAUCAAGAACCAAGAGUUCUAUAAGGCCGUUUCGGAUGACAUUCGCGCCAAGGGCAUGGUCGGCGGCGGUCUCGGCCAGGCUUCACACACGAUCAACGUGUCGCCCAAGACCUGCCAGGCGUUCCACGAGCUCUUCGUCAACGGCCGCAAGGCUUACCUCCGCGAUCUGGUCGAGAGCGAAGAGAUGAGGGAGGGGUCCUACACCAAGAAGAUGAAGGAGCUCAUCGAAGCCGUCGAUUACUGGAUGAGAUUCCUUACUAAGGAUGAAGAGACGCGCCGGGGUGUUGCGGAGGACAAUGAGAUGUUCAAUGUCUUCAACGACGUGGCUCUCUAG